AUGAAGGUCUUCUUUUCUUUUCUUUUUUUGAAAAAUAAAAUAAAUUCUCUUUCAAGUAGUUAGAUGUCAAGUUAUAAUUUGCGUUAUACUUUUAAAGACAAUAUUUUAAGGUGGAAUUCUUCGACGUGACAUUAGAUAGAGGAAUCGACGAGCCGUACUUGGGUGGUGAAACCAUAAAGGUAACCUUUUUCAAGCUGAACUUUAACUUUGUCAACUUUUUAUGGUCCCCGAAUCGUUGCUUUUUGAAAGAACCUUUUUUGAAAACAAUCGAGAAAAGUAGUUUUUCUCAUUUUUACUCUUUCAAAACAGAUCAUUCACUUUAAUGUUAGUUUGAAUUGCUUCUUUUUGAACCAGGAAAAUGAAAUGGAAAAACACUUUUUUCCCAUUCGAUAAGUUGGAACGAAGAAAUGGAUGAGUAUUAAAUAAUGUUUUCAUAAAAAAAUGUGUUUCAUUGCGCUUUGAUCAUGAUCUCGUCUUUAACCUUUAAUUUUUUUUUCUUUAAAAAAUUUUCCUGCUGUUCUACAGAUAUCUAAAAAUGUAUUGUAUCGGAAAAGAUCUUGAAAACUGGAAAAUAUUCUCAAAAAUGCGAGGUGCUGAAUGCGGAUUUGUGAAAUUUUUCUCGACUUCAAAUUUUAUCGCCGUUCUCAUCUUUUGCAUCCUUUUUUGAGACUUGAAUGAACAUACGAGGUAUAUAAGCAUUCUUGCGGAUUUUUUGAGAUUAAUGAGACUGGAUUUUGAGAAAAAAGAGGAAAAAUAUUUUAAUAUUCAUAGGUACAAGUUUAAUGAAAGAUGAAAAGUCUAUGAUGAGAUCGAAGGCAUCGUAAGAUUGAAGGCAAAAAGAAAACUUAUUGACAGCCUGUUCAGUCAAUUUUUUGGUGCAAAUAAGAUGUGGACAGAAGAAUAGAGAUACACGGGGUCAAGCGAACCCAGGUACCCGGAGAAUAUGACGCAUUGACAUAAAAUUCCCGAAAAGCUAUCAAGCGUAAAUUAUCAAUUAUUUUUUCUACGAAGCGUGUCUGUAGUGACAUUGAAGUCUGAAAAUAAAGUCUAUAGCGCGAUAAAAUGGGAAAAAAAAAUUAUAUCUAUCAGGGAGUGAUCGAGAUGGUUUGUGUGAAGCGAGUUCGGAUAACCGGGUUGAUAGUGAGACUGACCGGCGUGGCCGAAACCGGCUGGCGAAGUCGUCAGGACGAACUCCCUUACGAGAGCCGCAACACCUUCAUGGACGAACGAGUCGACCUCACUACGUUUGUUUCUAUAUUUUGAUUUCACAAAUAUCGAUUGAAAAUAUAGUUUUUCCUUCAUUACAUUGAUUUCAUAACUGUUUUAUUUUAUUACUUUUUUCUUACAUGUUUUUUUUAUGAUUUCGUGAGUUCAUUUUAUAGUCUGUGUGCCACGACUUGAAAUUUCACCCAACGACAUUCCGUAGUUCCGCUGCGUGCGUUCGCGAAGCGUCUUUCGAAUCUAGGUCACGCUUUCAAUUGAUUGUUAUUGCUGUGGGAGCACAUGAAAGUAGAAUACCUUGAUAAAAGAAAAAAUAAUUGAAAGCGCUACCAAGGUUCGCAAAGGCGCGCAGCGGCACAGCGGAGUGUCGUUUGGUGAAAUUUUCAGUCGUGGUACACAGGCUUUAAUUCGUUCAGCAAGUUUUGAAAGGAUUUUUAUAAGAAGUUGUCGACUGCCUUGAAUGAUAAAGUUAAAAGAUUCUCUGGAUAGAAAUUUCUAGAAAUUCAAAAAAAAGUUCGCCUUUAAAAUGAUAAUUUUUAUUCUCUGUUUUUGAUUCACAAAGUAAAAAAAUUUAAGUGUCAGUUAUUGCGAAAAAUUCAAUUUAUCAAAGAUAAGAUAGAGAGAGUGAAAAAAAAAGAUCCAGAAGCCUUUUUAGUGCUUCUCUAGCAACUAGCAACGAAAGAACUGUAGAAGCAACAAAAACAAAGUAAGCACUUGCAGAUACAUCGCUGACCACUGCACGGACGAGUUCGAGCUGUUGGAAGGGAAACACGUCGUUCCUUUCGAAGGCCGGAUACCCCUCGACGUCCUCUCCACCGUCGAUCGGUCUCUUCUUUUCAAAUUUAAAAAAAAAACUAAUCAAUUUGAAUGAUAAAACAACUUCAAACUUCAGUGAAAUGUUCUUCUCACCUCUCUCAAAUUAUUUCAUUCCGAUUCUCACCUCAGUUCAACCUGCUUAUUUCAGGGAGAACCACGGAAAUGUGCGGUACACUUGCACGGCGCUGAUGGCGAUCCCCGAAGACGGCGACACCGAAGUCGUCGCAGGUAUUGUGGGACCUGGGUUCGAGGAGAAUGAUGGCUUUCAGAGAAAACGUUCACUGUCUACUCGUUGCUCAACCUCGAUGCCCCUUAUCUUCGCGACAAGUCUACUGUCACUGAGGAACAAGAGGUUACUUUUCAGAACUUUAAGUCUAAAAAUUUUUUUUGCAUCUUUUCCUCCUUAUCGUCUCUGAAAGCUUUCCUCUUCAUUGUUUUUGAUACCAUUUGCUCAAAAAAUAGUUUUCUUGUUUUCAGGCUUUCCUUUCUGUUCAUUUUUUUUUAAUCAAGUUUUCUUUUAAUGGUAUAGUCUGUUUGCCACGACUUGAAAUUUCACCGAACGACACUCCGCUGUGUCGCUGUGCGCCUUUGCGAACCUUGGUCGCGCUUUCAAUUUUUUUUCUUUUAUCAAGGUAUUCUACUUUCAUUUGCUCCCACAGCAAUAACAAUCAAUUGAAAGCGUGACCUAGAUUCGAAAGACGCUUCGCGAACGCACGCAGCGAAACAGCGGAAUGUCGUUCGGUGAAAUUUCAAGUCGUGGCACACAGACUAUAUCAUUAUUUUAUUUUAUCAUCGCAUUCGAAAAUCUACAAUUUGCAUGUGUAAAAAAAGUAUUUCACCUUUUAAAAAUUGAUUUGAUCGAAAAACGACUUCUUUCGAUUUUCCAUAAGGUUCAUUUCUUAAGCACACCAUAAAGAUUUUAUGGAAACGGAAUUAAAAGUCUGAAAUAUUUUUUUUUCUAAACUCCAAAAAGAAAAUGUUCAGUUCAAAGGUUUGUCUAGUUUUACUGAUACUUUUUAUCUCCUUUUCGAUCUCAAUUUCAUAGAUUACUGAACAAUCCUAUGAAAAAAGUUGACCUUCCUGUUUCAGGUGACUGGUUGUUGUAGUCGACGGAGGGGCUCAAUUUCUGCGACUCUACAAAUUGAAGAAGUUGGCGUCAUGCCAGGUGAGCUUUUCUGAGCGGUUUUCAAUGAUUCAGAUUUUUUUUUCAGGAGAAACAUCUCGGAUAAGCAUUACGGUGGAAAACAAAACGAAAAAGAGGAGACGGUGGAGGAGGAAAAAGGUUUAUAUUUUCUUCUUAUUUCUCAGGGCUUCAAAUUUGAAGCCAUCAGUUCCCAAGUCAGACUUUUAAAAAGAGCGAUUUGGCUAUGAAAACCGAGAAAUUUUUCGAUUUCAAUAGAAUUUCUCGCGACCACGUCACGUUCAACGAGUAUCAUGCAGAAAAAUAAUUCACGAUUUUUAAUAAUCAAAUUUUUUUAUUUAUCCCAAAGCCUUUGGCCUUAUCCAAUGAAGGAGAUAAUAAUUUUUUUCCUCGAAAUAGAGAACCCCUGAAAUUUGCUAUUUUUCAUUAAUUUUGAAGUUUUCCGAUCUGGUAAAGAUUUAUAAGAAAAAUCACCUUUCAUUCCUGUUUCUGUUUCCUGAUUUUCACGGGAUUUCCUCACUUGUCUAGUUGACCGACCGCCAGCUUUGUCAUAUUUUCGAAAACUUGAAAGUUUGCAGCAAGAAGGCCACGAAUGCGUUUUGCUGACGCUCUGCCAGCAGCUGGAUUUCGUCGCCAGUAAUCGCUACGACCCGAUGCUCGUCGACCACAAAUCCAUCACGAUCGCCGUCGAAACUCAUGUAAUUCCAUUUUCUUUCUUUUUAAAAAUUUUCUCCUUGAACUGUAUGUUAAUCUGGCAAGGAAGGUUGUUUUGAGAAACUCCAAGUUUUCUUAAAAAUCAGCUGUGAAGCUACUGGCUAAGCUAGAAAAUUUCAAAAACUUCGUACUUCUCAAAAACGGUAGAUCUUCUAUUUUAUGCAGCCUCCAGAAAAGUGUGGUUUUCAAGCUUUUCUUCUCGAAAUUGGAGGAUUUUGCGAACUUCCAGAAACUUCAUCUAUUUUAUACAAAACUUAGUUAAAUUUUUGAGAAUUCGUGAAAAAAAAUCGUGAAAUAAGAAAAGGACUUCCGCUGCAUAAAUGGUAUUAAUUUUGGCAUUGGAAAAAUUUUGCAAACCAAAAGAAUUUUUUUUUGAAGAUUGUCAUUGAACUUUAUGAGUCAAUUUCUCAAUUUUUCGUCGCAGAUAAAAAAUUUUAAAGAUUUUUUAAACAUCCUACGGUGUUCAGUUUUACACACCAUGUAACUUAUUUUCGAAGAAAUGUCAAAUUUUCCAGGGAACGUGCAAGACGCGAGCUGGAGCAGGACCUCAGACCAAGGAGAUCGAGUUCAGCGUGCCGUCAAACCUGCCGCCGACGUCGAUCCAGGCCAACCGUCUCGUCACCAUCUCCUACUUCUUCAAACUCGACCUCGAACAUUUUGACGUCGUUCUACCUGUUGUCCUCGGCAGCGUCAAAACACCUGGCGUCGUUCCCUAG